GUCACGUGUGUAAACAAGAAAGAAAAUCGAACACGACUGAGUUGCGUGGCAGUUUAAUCAAGAUGGCAGGAACUUCAUCAAGUUGUAGACUAUUUAAGUUUUGCAGAAUGUUGAAUAUACCUAUGAAACAUGAAAUUGGAUAUGGACAAGUUAUCAAGAGAGCUAUGUCAACUAAAGUCAAGAAAACUACUCAGUUGAAACAGAUGCUGAAUUCCAAAGAAUUAGAAUUUAUAAUGGAGGCUCAUAAUGGUCUUAGUGCCAGAAUAGUUCAGGAAGCAGGAUUUAAGGGUAUUUGGGGGAGUGGAUUGUCAGUAUCUGCCCAGCUAGGUGUGAGAGAUAGUAAUGAAGCAUCGUGGACACAAGUUGUAGAAGUGUUGGAGUUUAUGAGUGAUGCUUCAGAUGUACCCAUCCUACUGGAUGCUGAUACAGGAUAUGGCAAUUUCAAUAAUGCUAGACGACUAGUCAGGAAACUGGAAGAUAGAGGAGUAGCAGGUGCCUGUUUAGAAGACAAACUGUUCCCUAAAACAAACUCUCUUCAUGAUGGAAGAGCACAGCCAUUGGCUGAUAUAGAGGAAUUUGCUUUGAAAAUCAAGGCUUGUAAGGACUCACAGACAGAUCCUGAUUUCUGUAUUGUGGCUAGAGUUGAAGCCUUUAUAGCAGGCUGGGGUUUAGAUGAAGCUUUGAAAAGGGCAGAAGCAUACAGAAAUGCAGGUGCAGAUGCCAUUUUAAUGCACAGUAAGAAGGCUGAUCCUUCUGACAUAGAGGCUUUUAUGAAGGCUUGGAACAAUCAGGGACCAGUAGUGAUUGUACCAACUAAGUACUACAAAACACCAACAGACCAUUUCCGUGAUAUGGGUGUUUCUAUGGUAAUAUGGGCCAAUCAUAACCUUAGAGCUUCUGUCAGUGCUAUCCAACAAACAACCAAACAGAUCUAUGAUGAUCAAUCAUUGGUUAAUGUAGAAGAUAAGAUUGUUAGUGUGAAAGAAAUAUUCAGGUUACAAAGAGAUGAUGAAUUAGUCCAAGCUGAAGACAAAUAUCUACCAAAAAAUUAAACAAGAAAACAUGGUGCUAAAAAAUGUGUUCUUUAGAUAUUUCACUUGCAAAUUAAUUAGCCUUUAAGGUAUUACUAAGCAGCAAAGUAUCUGCACCAUUGACUUUUUUCCGGGUAUUAAUUGUUAUUAACCUAUAGUGCAUAUAUGUAUAAAAUUUGUUGUUUUAAACUUUGGUAUUUUUUUUAUUUUUUUAAAGGGAUAUGGUCUAAAAUAUUCAUUUUUUAUAUACUUAUACUUGAAACAAUAUAUAAGAUGGUAUUUAUUUCAUAUAAGGACUAUGUUAAUAUCUUAAAUUAAUGGCUAUAUAUGAUUAAUUUUACAUGACUAGUUAGGGUUUUGACCGAGAUGUCUCAAUUCACUGAACAUUCUAAUCAUGCCUAUCGUGUAUAAACUUUUAAGUUUAAGUAGUUAACCAUGAAGUUAUGGUUACAUCAACUUGAUACACAUUUCACAUGUUUAUUAUAAUGUGAGCUUUUUAGAAAUAUUGUAAAAUUUUGUUUUUGACCAGAAUCCUAGCUUUCUCUGAACAUUGAGCAGGGCCUGGUGUCUUAUGGACGUAUAUUCUUAUUCUGCAUUUAAUAAUAUAUUUGAGAAAAUAAUUUAAUAUUUAGAACUUUAAAACUUUAAAUAACUUGAAAUUGUCACCAUGCAUAGAUGGUGAAAAUCAAACCUUACCAAUCAAUCAAUCCACAAUUGAUAAAGUUCAAAGGUCAACAUUUUUUUUUUAUUAACAAGAAAUAAAAUAAAUGUGUUUAAAUUAUACUAUGCAUAUAGUGUUGAAGACCUAUAAUCAUGAUAAUUGUUUUCUUUUAUAAAUUGUGACUUGGAUGAAGAGUUGUCUUAUUGGCACUCAUACCACAUCUUUUUAUAUCUAUUUAAGAUAUUUAUUAUAAAUAAAAGAACACUUAAUUUAAUUUUUUUAAAGUAUGAUAAUAAUUGUGAUUUUAGUAGACCAUAUCUCUAAGUUUAGUGGGAAACUAUGUGUAUCGUAUUAAGAUGAUUUUAUCUUAUGAUACAUGUCAUAUUUCUUGUUAUAAACUUUGUCAACGAACCAAUCUUGAAUUUUACAGGUUGUUUAUUGUGCCAUUUUUAGUGAAAGGUAUUUAAAUUGUGGGAAAUAUGUUGUUAGUCAAUAAUUUAGAAACAAAAUUUUGUUGUUUUGAAAUGGGAUGUUUGAUUAUUAAAUGUAAAUUUUACAUUAGGGAACAUAGAGAUUUAUAAUUUGUAAAUGACACAAAUGGGGUAUUUGUAAAAAGUUGACAAAGAUGUUGGUAUUAUGGUAUAAGUAUUACUAUGUGGUUGUAUUGUGUAUAUUCCAAUUUAACAUUCAGUUUUUCAUAGCUUUCAUGUUUUUUUAAAAAUUAAAAUGUAACAUAGACCUAAUCGUUGUCUGAAUAUAUUACAAACUGACUGACUAAAAUUUCAUUAUGACAACAAUGUCCUAGUGGUCUAAGGAGUUUAACUACUGUAUCACUAGCCUGUCAACACUGAGGUUGAGAGUUUAAACCCUACAUGUGUUUAACUCCAAUCUAUUUUAAUUGACAAGGAUUAUCAAGUUUCCUGCCAAAGGUUUGUGUCCCUCUCCAGGCACUCUGGCUUCCUCCACCAAUAAAAACUGACUGCCAUGAAAAGCCAAUAAUGCUAAAAAUGGUGUUAAACAUCAAUCAAUCUUUACUAUGGACAAUCAUAAAUAAUUAUUAUGAAGUCAAAGAAGGCAAUUGUUUUAUAUUUUUUUUAUUUAAAAAACAGUGAAAAUAAAUUUAAAAUACAUUCUAAAGGGUUAAAAAUGGAUACCUCUAGUUUCAAUAAAACAAACAUAAGUGUUAUAUUGUGCUUCUUAUUAUGGUAAGAAAGGUUUUUCAAAAGGUGAAUGAAUCAGAACAUUUUUUUAUAAUCAAAAACAAUAUUUUCUUGCAUUACAAGUUAUUUAGAAAAAAAAUCAAUGUGUAAAGUGUAUGAGGGAGUUUUGACCAAGUUUAAUGCAGCUUAGAAUGUCAUUUUUUUACAUUUAAGAGGAAAACAAUGUUGAUUGUUAACCCCUGAUUAUUAAUUAUUUUGUCUUUUUGUUGACAAUAGUAUUUUGUUUCUUAAGUGUCACUGUGUGUAGGAAAGCAUUCCUUAUUUAUCUUCUUUGAUAUAUAUACAUUUACUGAUGCAUUUUUAUUAUAAAUAAAACAUGUAUUUGAAUACUUAUUUGUUCCAGUAGCAUUUAUAUAAGUAUUAAUCUCAGGAAAACAUAAUUUUUGUUGUAACGUCUCUCAGAAUAUUUGAUAACAUUUUAACUGGUUAAGGUUUAAAUUAAACAAAAACUGAAGUUUACAGUUACAUAGUCAAACCAACUAUCUGUUAAACCUGUAUUUUCUCAUAAUCUUUUAAAAGCAGUAUUUGAUUUUUUUAAAACUGUUAUUAGUUUGUUAUAUAAGUCUACUGUUAUAAGGAUUUCAUUAGUUUACGUUAUUUAUAUUUUUUAUACAACCGCAAAAAAGUUGUUGUCGUUGUCAUUGUCCGAAGACACAUUGGUUUUCACACUAUAACUUUAGUUUAAGUAAAUAGAAAACUAUUGGGAUUGGUUUUGGGAGUUUUGGUCCCAACAGUUUAGGAAUUGGGUGACCAAAGGGUCCCAAAUUAAACUUUGUUUGGUUUCAUCAAAAAUUGAAUAAUUUGGGUUCUUUGAUAUGCUGAAUCUAAACGUACUUACAUUUUUGAUUAUGGGCCCAGUUUUCAAGUUGGUCUGAAUCAGGGUCCAAAUUUAAACUUUGUUUGAUUUCAACAAAAAAUGAAUAUAUAGGGUUCUUUGAUAUAUGAUAAAUCUAACCAUGUAUUUAGAUGUUUGAUAUUUGGACCCAGUUAUCAAAUCCACAAUUAGGUCUAAAGGGUCCAAAAUUGAACUUUUUUUGAUUUCAUCAAAAAUUGAAUUCUUGGGUUUUUUUGAUAUGCUGAAUCUAACCAUGUAUUUAGAUUUUUGGAUAUUGGACCAUAAUAGGUAAAUGUCUAAUUUAAAAUUUUAAAGUUUUUAAGUUUAAGUUCUUAGACCGCAUUCAUUCUGUGUCAGAAACCUAUGUUGUGUCAACUUUUUUAAUCACAAUCCAAAUUCAGAGCUGUAUCAAGCUUGAAUGUUAUGUCCAUACUUGCCCAACUGUUCAGGGCUCGAACUCUGCAGUCAUAUAAAUCUGUGCCCUGCAGAGCAUCUGGUUAUUAAAAGAUCUGCUUAUACUUUAGGUCUGUAAAUGUCUAAGAAUCUCUGUAUUACAAUGUCUGUUUUAAAAAUAAGAGCAAAAUGAAAUCUCAUAGAUUUAAUAAAUUAUGUUAUACACUGAGUGUAGUUUUUGUGCUGGUUAAUAUGUUAGUAAUUUGGUAAGAAUUGUGUGUGAAUCUCUUUUUAUAAUCAAGAAUAUUUUCAUCAAUUAUGCUUAAAACAUAAAAGCUAUGGUUAUAUGUUUGUUUAAAACGUGGUCAACUUACUUAAUAUUAAUAGGUUUAUCAAUGCAGAAUUUAUUAUGGGUGAAAUGAGUGUUAUAAAUAUUGUGAUUGCAAUUUCUUAUUAAGACCAAACCUCAAUUUGUCACAUCAGACACCUGUUCUUAAGAAGAAGAAAAGUAACAAUAGAUGCUUUAAUUUUGAUAGUAUAGAGAUUGAAAGCCGAGAACUUGUCAAAGAGGCAUCAAUGGGGUUUUAACCCAGCAAGAAAAUCCCUCAAAUUCAGGUUAAUAGCUUCAGCUGGCCCCUAAACAAUAAAUGUAAACUAGACGGAAAUGGUUGCCUCGCUAACCUCA